UUCCUAUCCGGAAUCGUCGUGAAGAAGAACAACUGCUCUGUUGAUUGCGACUCGAGAACAGUAAUAGACACUAAAGAAGAAGAUGCCGCCUCCACCUCAGCAUUAUCCGGCCGGCGCGGUUGGGCCGUCGAACUGGGACAAGUUCAAGAUGGGUCUUUUGACCGGUACCUCUGUUGGAAUCGUCGUCGGGUUCUUGUUUGGAGGAUUCACGCUGGUCAGGUACGGACCGGGACCGAAUGGGUUCAUGCGCUCGCUGGGCCAGUACAUGCUUGGUUCGGCUGCUACCUUUGGGCUGUUUAUGUCAGUUGGAUCAGUCAUUCGGUCUGACGACGGGAUCGAGUACCGAUACACGUCCCGCCCGAUGCUGCUACAGCAGUACAUGAUGCAGCAGAAGAUGAAGGAGGAGCAGCAGAAGCAGAAGUAGUGCUGUGCUCUUCUGUGCUCUGCCCUUCUCUCCACUUUUGAUUCAAAUGUAAUCAGCUCUCUCAGAUGCUGGAUAUCUGGUUAUAACAUCUCUAUUCUGUCUGAGAGAGCAUUUGUUGUAUAUAAGAAACCAAGAAAUACAAAAACUACAAAAAUAAAAAUAAAAA